CUCCCAUUUACUUCCUGUGCAGCUGCUGCUGGACACGGCCAGAGCCCUGAGAGAUAUCGGGUAUUAAUGUAACUGGAGUGAAUAAGGGAACCUUCUUCCUGAGCAUAGACAUUGGAGCCUGUUAUCAGCAUGAACUCAUAUGUGUUAGACAAACACCUGAAUAGUUCAUAUCCAUCCUUCACUACAGAAAGCAUCAGAAUUAUACCGCAAACUCCAAAAGUCUUAGACACCAAUGACUAUUCACAAACAUUGGGGAUAUCACAGCAGAUAUUUAAAGGAGAUGGUGAAUUGACAGAAACUGGGCAGCAAUCAUUAUGUACAGACAGUAAUUUAGUCAUCAAACAAGAGGACAACAGUUAUGCCUUAUCUAGUGAAAUUAUUAUCCCAGAGGAUAAACCACACACAUUUACUGAGUUUUCAAAACAUAUUAAAGUAGAGAAAAGUCUACAGUCUAGCCAAAUAAUUCAUACAAAGGAGAAACGUUUCAAAUCUACAGAAUGUGAGAAAAGCUUUAGAUGGAAGUCUAUUCUACUAGAGCACUACAAAAUUCACACAGGUGAGAAACCACACACAUUUACUGAGUGUGGCAAAUGUUUUACACAAAUAGAUCAUCUGAAAAGUCAUAUAAAGAUUUACACAGGAGAAAAGCCUUUCACAUGUACAGAGUGUGGAAAAUGUUUUAAACAAAAGAGUAAUCUGAAAACUCAUGAAAGGAUGCACACAGGAGAAAAGCCUUUCACAUGUACAGAGUGUGGAAAAAGUUUUACAUGGAAGAGUGAUCUGAAAAGGCAUGAAUGGAUUCACAGAGGGGAAAAGCCUUUCACAUGUACAGAGUGUGGAAAAAGUUUUACAGAAAUUAAAAGUUUGAAACAUCAUGAACGGAUUCACACAGGAGAAAAGCCUUUCACAUGUACAGAGUGUGGAAAAAGUUUUGAACAAAAGUGUAAUCUGAAAACUCAUGAAAGGAUUCACACAGGAGAAAAGCCUUUCACAUGUACAGAGUGUGGAAAAUGUUUUACAGUAAAGAGUAUUCUGAAAAAUCAUGAAAGGAUUCACAGAGGGGAAAAGCCUUUCACGUGUACAGAGUGUGGAAAAAGUUUUACACAAAAGAUUGAGCUGAAAACUCAUGAACGGAUUCACACAGGGGAAAAGCCUUUCACAUGUACAGAGUGUGGAAAAAGUUUUAAACAAAGGAAUGGUCUCAAUUAUCAUGAAAGGAUUCACACAGGGGAAAAGCCUGGAAAAAGUUUUACAUAAAUGAGUAGUCUGUACAUGUGAAAGGCUUUUCCCCUGUGUGAAUUCUUUCAUGAUUUUUCAGACUACUCAUUUCUGUAAAACUUUUUUCAUUCUCUGUACAUGUGAAAGGCUUUUCCCCUGUGUGAAUUCUUUCAUGAUUUUUCAGAGUGUUUUACACAAAAGAAUGAGCUGAAAAUUCAUGAACGGAUUCACACAGGGGAAAAGCCUUUCAUAUAUACAGAGUGGAAAAUCUUUUACAGAGAACGGUAAUCUGAAAAAUCAUGAAAGGAUUCACACAGGAGAAAAGCCUUUCAGAUUGUUAUGUUUUCUGUCAGGUCUUUUGCAAUUUAUGAAUAAAGUUCAGACAAUGAUAUGAACUAAAUGUUGUAUUUGUAGCUAUUUAAAUAAUCCAAAACUCUUAUUGUCAGAAGAGCAAGGAAAGGGAUUAAAUAGCGUAUUUAAUCCAAAUUAACAGGCAAAAUAAUAAAAGCACAACUCACAGUUAACUUUCACUGUAGUUGUAAAAUAGCUCUUCUUAAAUAAAUACAAGCUUUAAAUGGUGCUGCAGAGAAGGCAGUAAGUGGUUAAAUUGUAGUUAGUAUGCAAAGUUAAUAAAUCUCAAAUUUAAGCAGAGAUGAAGUCUGAUUAUGCGAACAGAGUUGUUCCGGUAUUUGUAUAAGCAAAGUCUUUAUGUGGAGUUAAGCAAACAUGCAAUAGAGUAUUAAUCAAGGCUUUUGAUACUUGCGGUUUGUAGAUAACUCCUCCGGUUCUUAGUUUUAGAGAGGUGAUAAAUCCUUUAAGUUUCUCCGUUGAAACCAACUGUUUGCUGUUAGUAUUCCUUGAAGCUGUGUAGGAAGCAGGGUUAAAGGCUGUAGAUGCAGUAGCUUGUGUAAACAGGUUGGCGUCUGAACGCUGUCUGCAUAUGCUGAGCUGGUGUCGGCUUGAAUGACGUCACAGAGUUGCUAUUCAGGAGCGGAGAGCAGUUUGUAAGCUGAGAGGUGAGAGUUCAGAAUACAGAUCUUCUUGAUAUGUUAAAGUCCUUAGAAUAUGCGAAGCAAUGUUAAUUGAAACAAAGUCUCAAUGAGGAUAAAUGUUGAGACAGUUGAAGUGACUUAUUUAAUCACUAAAGGCUGGAUAACAGGAUAACAGUGGAGAGUCCUAACAACUAACUUUCCCUGUUACACUAAAAUAAUCAAGCAAGCAAAUAGGGAUCAGAUGGUCCUUUUAAGGGUUGUGGAAAGGGAGGUGUCAGAAGGAUUUAAAGAGAAAGGAGAUCAUAACAGAUCCCCCCGUUCAAGAUCGCAUCACAGGGAGUCCUGGACCAGGCUUCAGGGGAUGUCGAGAAUGAAACGCAGCCAAUAGACGUGGAGCAUUCACAUCAGACACAGGAACCCACGAAUCCUCAGAUGAAGCGUAACCCUUCCAGUGUACCAGAUAUUCAAGGAUUCGAUUACGAACUCUAGAAUCCAGAAUACGACCAAUUUCAUACUCAUCCUCUGCUUCUAUUAAUGAAGUACUGUCAGGAACAUCAGCGUCCAGAGAACCUGCAUCCCCCUUAAAUGGUUUCAAAAGAGAGACGUGGAAAGAUGGGUGGAUGGCUAGAGAGGUAGGUAACUUCAAAACAACAGCAUUCUCAUUUAUGACCCUUGUGAUAGGGAAGGGACCAAGGAACUGGGAUGCUAGUUUCUUGCAGGGGACCUUCAAUUUGAUAUUUUUGGUUGACAACCAAACCAAAUCCCCCACUUUAUACGAGGGUGGCAAAGCAUGCUUCCUGUUAUAGUAGAUCUUUUGGGUCUCCUUUGCAUUCUGUAGAUGUUUUUGUAUGGUAACAAAGUUGUCUCUCAAUUUAAUUGAGUAGUCCAGAGCUGAAGGAGAAUUCGAACUGAAACCCAUCUUCGGGAAACUAGAUGGAUGAUACCCAUAGGUGGCAUAAAAGGGGGAGAAACCAGUUGAACUGUUGACUGAGUUAUUGUAGGCAAAUUCUGCCAUCGAGAGCCAAUCUGCCCAAUCAUCUUGUUGUGUAGAGAUGUAACACCGGAGAUAUUGUUCGAGAGUUUGAUUAAGUCUCUCAGUCAACCCAUUUGUCUGGGGAUGAAAUGCCGUGGAAUAUUUAGGAGAGAUCUUUAAUUGAAUGCAUAAAUUUCUCCAGAAUUUUGAAGUAAAUUGUGAUCCUCGAUCACUUACUAUGGAAGUAGGUAGUCCAUGAAGUUUUACGAUAUGAGAGAGGAAUAACUUAGCAGUAGUUGGAGCAGAUGGUGUUUGUUUUAGGGGUAUAAAGUGAGCCAAUUUGGUCAAGUGGUCUACGACCACCAAAAUGGCUGUGUAACCAUUUGAUGGAGGAAGUUCCACUAUGAAAUCCAUACCGACGAUUGACCAUGGCCUAUCGGGUAUGGGUAGUGGGCUAAGUAACCCGAAUGGUUUAUAGUGAACCUUCUUUUUCAUGGAACAAAUCCGACAAUGAGAUAUGUAUAAUAGAAGAUCUUCUUUUAAUCUAGGCCACCAAAAGUAUCGUUUUAUUAGAUCAUAAGUUUUAUUUAUUCCUGGGUGCCCAGAAAGGGGUGAAUCAUGAUACUGCUGCAUAAUCUGUUUUCUUAAAUCAGUUGGUAUAUAUAUUAAAUUAUUAAAAGUGAAGAGUCCAGUUUCAGGAUCUUUAUGACAUACUUUAGGAAUAGAAAGAUCCUUUUGUUGACUUGAUAAAAUUUCAGUCUGAAGAGUAGAUAUUAUUCCGAGGAUUUUAUGUGGAGGAAUAAUACUAAGUUUCUCUUCUUCUUCUGUUGGAGCUUGAAGAGAUCUGGAGAGAGCAUCUGCUUUUGUAUUGUUUUUUCCGGGUCUGUAUUGUAAGAGAAAAUUAAAACGGUCCAAAAAGAGAGCCCAUCGUACUUGACGAGAUGAUAAUGUCUUAUUUCUUUUUAGAUAUUGAAGAUUACGAUGGUCUGUGUAAAUUGUAAAUGGAGUUGAGGUGCCUUCUAAAAGAUGACGCCAAUGCUCCAAUGAUGAUUUAAUUGCCAAUAGCUCCUUAUCGCCUAUUGAGUAAUUCUUUUCAGCUGAAUUUAAUAGCCUGGAAUGGAAUGCCACAGGAUGUAACUCUUUUGAUUCUUCAUCUUGUUGAGAUAGUAUAGCCCCUAUUGCUACAUUAGAAGCAUCCACCUCCAAUGUAAAAGACCGAGUAGGGUCAGGUAAUCUUAAAAUAGGAGCAUUGAUGAACUUCUCCUUUAGGAGUUGAAGAGCAUUUUCUGCGUCUUCAUCCCAUUUGAACUUUUGUUUACCUGUUAGUCUAGUUAGAGGUUGUACUAUAGCUGAGUAAUCUGAUAUAAAUUUCCUAUAAAAGUUAGAGAAUCCUAAAAAUCUCUGUAGAGAUUUAGUAGUAUGAGGAGUUGGCCAAUGAAGGAUUGCAUUGACUUUUUCCGGAUCCAUUGAUAUCCCAGAUGGUGUGAUUAUAUAGCCAAGAAAUUUUAUGGUGUGUUUAUGGAAUUCACAUUUUUCCAUUUUUGCAUAUAGGUGAUGUUCACGUAAGGUUGAAAGGACCCAUCGAACAUGCCUCACAUGUUCCUUGAUAUCCCGCGAAUAGAUGAGAAUAUCAUCGAGAUACACUACCACACAGACGUCCAUGAGGUCUUUGAAUAUUUCGUUAAUGAAAUAUUGAAACGUUGCGGGUGCGUUAGUUAAACCAAAUGGCAUAACAUUAUAUUGGUAUAAGCCAUACCUUGUCUUGAAAGCAGUUUUCCAUUCAUGACCUGAUUUUAUGCGGAUGAGAUUAUAAGCACCCUUAAGGUCGAGUUUGGUAAAGAUAUUGGCACCAUUCAAUCUUUCAAGUAAUUCUGGUAUCAGUGGUAAUGGGUAACGAUUUUUGAUAGUGACUGCAUUUAAUGCUCGAUAAUCAAUAAUAGGACGUAAAGUCCCGUCCUUAUUUGUUACAAAAAAUAUGGCUGAAGCUGUUGGAGAUGAUGAGGGUGAUAUAAAACCUUUGCGUAAAUUUUCAUCGAGGUAUUCUCGAAGGUGUUGUAAUUCCUUUUGUGAAAGUGGAAAAAUACGGUUUGUAGGUAAUACCGCCCCGGGUUUCGUGUCAAUCGGACAAUCAAACUCUCUGUGUGGAGGUAAUACUUCAGCUUUUUUGAGGUUAAAAACGUCUGAGAAAUCCUUAUACUCAUUUGGAAGAAGGAGGUCUAAAUGAUUAAUGGUUAUAUAUGGGUGACAAGUAUCAGUACAGAAUUUAGAAUUAAAAAUGAUCUGAUUGGUAGACCAGUUUAUGGUGGGAUUAUGUUUUUUAAGCCAGGGAUACCCGAGUAUAACUGGGUGAACUGAACUAGGGAUGAUGUCAUAUGUAAUGUAUUCCUUGUGUCCAGUGUUGGUGAUAGUGAGUAAGGGUAUGGUCUGGUGUGUAAUUGGACCUUUGAGGAAAUGUGACCCAUCAACAACACGCACAAACAACGGAGUGGUUUUUUGCACACAAGGAAUUUUAUUAAGUGACACCAAUGCUUGAUCAAUAAAUGUUCCAUAAGCCCCGGAAUCAAUUAUGGCCACUUCCUGGAACUGAUGUUGAUCCCACUGUAACGACAAAUUUAAUGAGAGAUGAGUAUACUCUUUGAUGGGAGGUUUAAUAGUCAUAAGUAAUAUCUUACCCUUCUUUGGACGAUUAAGUUGAGGACAGGUUGAUACAUUGUGGUCUUUAUUUGCACAGUACAUGCAUAAUCUUCCUAUACGUCUUCUCAGUUUUUCUUCACUGGUCAGAGGUCCCCUAAUAACUCCUAUCUCCAUAGGAACAGAUGAACUGGUAGACCUUUCAGGGGUUGAGGGAUAAUGUUUUCUCAAACUUGAAUCACUAUGUACUCUCUCUUGUUUUCUCUCUCUGUAACGGCGAUCCAUUGUUAUGCAUAAUUUAAAUAAACCUUCUAAAGUAUCAGGGAAAUCCACCUUUGAGAGAUCAUCCUUUAGAUGCUCAGAGAGUCCCAAACGGAACUGAUUUUUUAGACUGACUGAAUUCCAUUCAGAAUCCGUUGCCCAAAGUUGAAAUUCAGCAAUGUAAUCUUCUACAGCCCGUUUACCUUGUUUUAGGGAGCGUAAAGUGUUCUCGGCUGUCUGUUGUUUGUGUAUGUCUUCAUACAAUACUGCCAUGUUUUGGAAAAAAGUAUCCAGGGAGUUUAACAUAGGAUCGUCAGAUUCAAAAAAUCUAUCCGCCCAAGCUCUAGGCUCUCCAGAUAGAAAUGAGAUAGCGGUACAUACCUUAACUUUAUCAUUUCGGUAUGUACGUGGCUUCAAAGAAAACAUUAGCAUACAAGCAUUUUUAAAUUCUCUGAAUUUAGAGCGGUCACCAGAGAAAGUGGCUGGGGGGUUAACUUGUGGUUCAGGAAACUCCGUUGUCUUUUGAGUGAGAAAGUCAUUAAUAAUCCUCCUGAGAGUGUUGUUCUCAUUUUGCAGUGCAGUCAUUCCCUGAGCUAAUAAGUCAACCUUUUGAUUUAGAGAGGUUAUUUGAUUACUCAUCUCAACUGGAUCCAUAUUUAGUUACAGUUGAGACUAUUUUACAGGCUUGAUUAUUCUGUUAUGUUUUCUGUCAGGUCUUUUGCAAUUUAUGAAUAAAGUUCAGACAAUGAUAUGAACUAAAUGUUGUAUUUGUAGCUAUUUAAAUAAUCCAAAACUCUUAUUGUCAGAAGAGCAAGGAAAGGGAUUAAAUAGCGUAUUUAAUCCAAAUUAACAGGCAAAAUAAUAAAAGCACAACUCACAGUUAACUUUCACUGUAGUUGUAAAAUAGCUCUUCUUAAAUAAAUACAAGCUUUAAAUGGUGCUGCAGAGAAGGCAGUAAGUGGUUAAAUUGUAGUUAGUAUGCAAAGUUAAUAAAUCUCAAAUUUAAGCAGAGAUGAAGUCUGAUUAUGCGAACAGAGUUGUUCCGGUAUUUGUAUAAGCAAAGUCUUUAUGUGGAGUUAAGCAAACAUGCAAUAGAGUAUUAAUCAAGGCUUUUGAUACUUGCGGUUUGUAGAUAACUCCUCCGGUUCUUAGUUUUAGAGAGGUGAUAAAUCCUUUAAGUUUCUCCGUUGAAACCAACUGUUUGCUGUUAGUAUUCCUUGAAGCUGUGUAGGAAGCAGGGUUAAAGGCUGUAGAUGCAGUAGCUUGUGUAAACAGGUUGGCGUCUGAACGCUGUCUGCAUAUGCUGAGCUGGUGUCGGCUUGAAUGACGUCACAGAGUUGCUAUUCAGGAGCGGAGAGCAGUUUGUAAGCUGAGAGGUGAGAGUUCAGAAUACAGAUCUUCUUGAUAUGUUAAAGUCCUUAGAAUAUGCGAAGCAAUGUUAAUUGAAACAAAGUCUCAAUGAGGAUAAAUGUUGAGACAGUUGAAGUGACUUAUUUAAUCACUAAAGGCUGGAUAACAGGAUAACAGUGGAGAGUCCUAACAACUAACUUUCCCUGUUACACUAAAAUAAUCAAGCAAGCAAAUAGGGAUCAGAUGGUCCUUUUAAGGGUUGUGGAAAGGGAGGUGUCAGAAGGAUUUAAAGAGAAAGGAGAUCAUAACACAGAUGUACAGAGGGUGGAAAAAGAUUUACACAAAAGAAUAGUCUGAAAUAUCUUGAAAGGAUUCACAAGGGCAGAAACCUUUAACAUGUUUACCAAGUAGGGUUGCUUCCCUUUGCACAGCCGAUUCCCUGACACUUUGCAAAUGGGCGUGGUUGAGGAUGUUGUUAGGGGUUUGGCUUAGGAGAAAAAAUUCUCUUUGGGAAAGAGAAUAAUGUACUAUGCGCCAACUAGAAGAAGCUAAAUUAGUAACUGAGAUGACAAUAGAGGUUAUCUAACGUGCAUAUGCAAAAUAAUUUGUGUAAAAAAUAAGUGAGUAAGAAAUCACAUAAAGUCAGGUGAUUCAAAAGAUGUGUGUGGUAUUUGUGACGCACCUUGCGUGACAAACACAUGUAAUUAAUAAACCCUAAAAAGAACACUAAAAAUAAGUAAUGUUAUAAGUAAAUUAUUUAACAACUGUAUCUGGCCAUACAAAAGUUUAGAUACAACUCCAAAACCCCACAUCGCUUUUAAGUACAAUUUUAUCUGAAAAGAUAACCCUCAUGAUAGCACAGGCUCUUUUAAAUUGAACGCAUACCAAUAUAUAUUUCAGCUAUAAACACGUUUAUUAGAACAUUAUGUACAGCUACCAGAAUCUGUGUAGCCAAAUACUGGAAUGUGGGGGUACCUACUUGGCCUGAGAUCGUGGAGAAAAUUAGAACUUUAUACACCAUGUCAGAGCGUGCCUCAUGGAUUCAGGGCACGAAUGACAAUUUUCAUAAGAUAUGGUUCUAUUGGAAUAUGAAGGAGUCGGACAUCCAGAGAGAGUAGUGAGGAGUUUAGGCUCCCCUAGAGAUCAGACCUCAGAGGGGUUGGGGUUGGGGUUGGGAUUGGGACUAAGGUGAAGAUAGAUUUGGCUACCCCCAGUGCUGCUCGACAAUUGCUUUUUCAUAAGGUAAUUCUACUGCUACUACUUCCUACAAUAUGUAAACAUAUAUGAAUAUUGCAGGCAAGCUUAUGGUUUAGGCAUUUUUAGUAAAAGUUAAUGUUAUUAUUGUUUAAAUAUGCUCUGUUUAUCUACAUUUUCAUGUUUCUUUUUAUUGCCAUGAGGCUUUCUGUCUAAGAAUAUGCAGAGCUACUUGUUGGAUAACAACAUGGAGAGGCCCAGAUCUCGGAUCUUCAGGGUAUUCCGGAAAUCAGAGUUGUACUCUAUUACUGCAUAAAUGAUGUGCUGCGCUAGUACUUGAGACUGGGCUAAUGAUUGUCAGGUGCUAUCUAAUGUUCAUGUUGUGAAGUUGAUGAUGUUGUUCACAAGGAAAACAAUACAAAUUAUUUCAACUAAAAAUAAGUAAUGUUAAAAAUAUAUAUAUAUGGGGUGUAUAAAUAAAUGUUCCAUAUGAAAAA